AUGUUCAUUGCCAUCGUAGGCACUCGCUGCGCAGGCAAGUCCGUCGUCGAGGACUACCUAAUAUCGAAAGGAUUCAUCGCCGUGCACCUUGCAACCAAAACACUCGGCGCAAAUCGAGGCACAGUGUUUGCCACCCCGAGUGAACUCCUAGAAUAUGUUACCCGACACUGGCAGUCCAACUUUGUCACCGUGGAUUUGACCUCAUUGGAGCUAAUUAGUCCCUUCAUAAAGAGACCUUUUUUCCUGCUUAUCAAAGUGGACGCGCCGUUAUUGCAACGAUACCGUCGCCACGAUGACGAUCGCGUUUUUGGCACGUUGGGACUUCAUGCCAUACGCCCAUUUGUGAAGGUCAACGUUCUCAACACGUUCCAGACAGUUCCGGAUCUUUAUAGCCACCUCGACUCCAUCAACGUUCUCAGCACAGAACGGCUACGGCCCCGAUGGGACAGCUACUUCAUGACGCUUGCGGAUUUAGCAUCACAACGCUCAAACUGCAUGAAGCGCAGGGUUGGAGCUAUCUUAGUGCGGGACAACCGCAUCGUAGCCACCGGGUACAACGGCACUCCACGUGGUGUGAAAAAUUGCAAUGAAGGUGGCUGUGCGCACUGCAACGGCGUUUCAAUUACUAACGGCACUGACUGUCUCUGUUUGCACGCUGAGGAAAAUGCUCUCCUCGAGGCAGGUAGAGACCGAGUAGGGCCGAACGCUAUUCUUUAUUGUAACACAUGUCCGUGCUUGAAAUGUACAAUAAAGAUCAUUCAGAGCGGCGUCAAGGAGGUAGUCUAUCACCUGAGUUAUAAGGUUGAUGAGGACUCUGCUCGACUUUUUCAGGAAGCCGGAAUACACAUCCGACGGCACUUUCCAACUACGAUUGCGUGA